CUUCAGGGUGAAGAACGUAAACAUUUUGCAUUUGUGGUUUCAAAAAUAAAACUGUGACAUACAUCCUGCAUAAUUGUCUUUUUCACUAAGUCAGCACUGAGGUGUGAUGCAGCCCCUCCGAAACUCUUCAGUCUGAGAGUCGAACACCAGCCAAGCAGCAUGGAGAUCACAGCUCUGUGCACAAUUAUGGCCACUUUGAGUAUCUUUCCCAACAGAUCUCAGUUCUUCAGGUACGAGUCUGUUACACUGAGCUGUGGAGAGCUUAAAAACUCUAACUGGACAAUAAAGAGAAACACGUCAACAAAAACAAAUGAAGAGUGUUCCAAACACUGGGGUGCAAAAAAUGAAUCAAACUGCUUCCUUCAAGAUGCUUACCCAUCAGACAGUGGAUUGUACUGGUGUGACUAUGGAGCUGGAGCCUGCAGUGAAGCUGUCAACAUCACUGUGACUGGAGGCUCUGUGAUCCUGGAGAGUCCAGUCCAUCCUCUGCAGGAGGGCGAUGCUGCAACUCUGCGCUGCAUGGAUAAAAAUACUUCUUUUAUCCCAGCUGAAUUUUAUAAAGAUGGCCUCCUCAUCAGGAACAGCUCUACAGGAAUCAUGACCAUCCUCAAAGUUUCAAAGUCUGAUGAAGGUUUCUACAAGUGUACCAUCUCUGGUAGCGGAGAAUCACCGGACAGCUGGCUGUCUGUCAAAGCUGGGCGACCCAAAUCUUUUCACUCCCCUCCUAUGUAUGUUGUGCUUCCUGUGGUGGGUGUCUGCCUCUCGCUGGCUGUGGUGUUGGUUGUGCUGGUGCUGCUGUUCUGCCUCUGGAGGAACCACAAAGGUGAAACUGACCCUGAUGUUUCCUACACUGAUGUCACCAUCGUACCGGAAGUGCAGCCAAAGAGUGACAAAGGUAAAAACACAUGCAGAGCUCUUUUCCCACACGUACACAAGAGCCUGAGGCAUAUGUAUGUUAUUUAUAUUACCUCAGUUUUUCCCUUUUGUGGAAAGUUAUAAAGACUUUAUUUGUGCUAUGUUAUCUGGUCAUGAGUGAAACUUCUUUUAUCUUUGAGUCAAGUGUAAACGUCUGCAUGAAACUACGACCUCAUUGUUUAAUGACACGAGUAUCAGUCGUUAUCAAGGAAGCACACGAACAAGUUUCAUUUUGUUAAUGAUUUAUAGAGUCAGUGGAGUAUCAGCACAUAAUAAGAUACAAACGAUAACUAAACAUAGAAAGAAACAAAUACAGGUGGGUGGCUCACAGGGGGUUCAGAGAGUUCUAAAAAUGUGGUUUCACUUGUGGUCGGGGGGAUAAAAACCAGACAGAGAGCACCCAUGAGUAAUAAAAAUAUCAUCAAAAUCUGUUGUGUUCCCAGAUUGUUGCGUUUAAUGACUUUUGGUUUCUAUUUAAAUGUUACUAUGUUUAGUUUCUCCGGGUUUACUUCUGCCUGGUCUAUGGGCAUUGCUCAUUACAUUCUCCUAUGCUCCUCUCGUCGCAUCUUAGUCCCCCCUACCAUGAGGAGAGACUACUCAUAUUUGAUAUUUAGGGCCCCAAUUUAAAGUCACAAUAUGACACAGUGUGGCAAGAUAGUAUACAGUGCUGUGCAAAAGUCCUGAGCUAACCUAAUUUUUUUAUAUUUGGUUUCCAAGGGGUCAGACUUCCCUGUAAUCUUUCUCAAAGUGGUCUUGAGCAGUAGUUACCCAGGCUUUCUGAACGUCUUUCAAAUAUUUCUUUUGGACACUGGCUGCUUUUUCACUCUUUUUAAUUUUUUUUAUUUAUUUUAAUUUUUUUAGGGGAAUGUGUUUUUUAUUUGUUAAGCUACUUAACUCAACUAUUAAUCACUGAAGUAUAAGGAACCUAACCCACUGAUGUGUCAACACAUAACAAAGGAUUAGCAAAGAACACAUUUUUAAUUGCAUCUUUGUUGCACAUAAAUAUUCCCAUUUUGUCAUCAGAUUCUACAAAAAUGCCAAAGAUAACACAGUUUGAGAAACACAGCAUUUUUGCACCAACACGAUGCUUCCCAAAGAACCAUUAGCCGAAAAUCUUGGAAAUCUCUGCACAUUUACUGAUGCCUCAUCAGAAUUGGUGUUAAGUGGUAGGGCUGCCAUCAAGAACCCAUUCUUAAGGUAGGAAAACAGGAAGUGAUAGAGUGAAUCCCAAAUUAAAAUAUUUGGUUCAAACUGUCAUCAGUAUGUACAGUGGAGGUCGUGAGAGAGGUACAGUGAGUGUCUACAGCCACCUGUAAAGCUUCCUCAUGGUUUUUCAUUUCACUUCAGCCAGUGUUUUGGAGAUCUUGUCAAAACUGCUGAAAUUAUGAAUACAGAAAAAAUACCAUCAGGUUUUGAUCCACAACAUCUGAAAAGCAUCUCAAAGGCAGCAACUUCAUUUUUCAGCAUGGCAAUGAUCCCAAACACUGACAAUGCAUUAGAAACAGAGUGUUAGAAAAACACACAAAGAAACACUGUCAGUCAUGGACUCGCCUCCCUGAGCCCAGGCCUCAACAUUGUUGAAGUACGGGAUCAUAUAAAGGUAGACAACAUCUAAAGAAGAGCUUUGAAUGUCCUUCAAGAAGCCCGGAGAACUAUUCCUGAAGAUGACGUAAAGAAACAAGAACGCUGCAGAGUUCAGGCUGUGUUGAGGAAUAACACAACCUUCAACUGUGUAAGACCUGUACAAGCUUUCAUUGCCUAAUAUACUGUGAUUCUAUGUUUGCACGUUUCACUGCAUCAUUGCGUCCAUUUUCCAUAUAAGACAGGCUGAACUCUGUCCUCUCUCCUUUAAAUGCAUUUUAGGGAUUUUUCACAUGGAGUACUAACUUUACUUUCUGGUCAUUGCUCAGCCUCCCUCAGCGCCUUGCAUUUGGUUCCUCUACCAGGCCAUGACGUGUCUUAGUGACAGAAACAGAGAAAAGUGGCUUAUAAAUGACUGCUGUGUCCUGUACCAUCACAGAGAUUCUUUUAAAUGUAAAGACUUACUGCAUUUCCUAUUAUUGGUACACAAAGAUCUUCCUUAAUAAUAAUGUUAAAAAUGUUUUAGCAUCAAAAUGUAUGCAGUGCUUACGGUAAAAGUAUUCAUUAUAAAGAAUUGCCCAUUACUACAAGUGAGUACUGAUUCACUGCAACACUUCAGCGCUGAAUGUAGAGGCAGUCAUAUUUUAAGGGGGCGGGGACACCCCCUUCAUACUGUGUGAGAGUCACUGAAAAAUGAAGCGUGAAACAAAGAAAGCCCACACAUCUGUUCCCUGCCUGGUGUCACUGUAAGUAGAUGUUUUAAAAAUGUAUAGCAUGUGAUGAAGUGUAGUUGAACUUUAAUGUCUGCAUGUUGUUAGUAGUUUAACAGUUUGCAUCUUUGUGUCUUUAGCAGAAACAGAUUCUGAAGCAACUUUCUAUUCAACAAUCAAACCAGCAGCCAGCUGAGCGGAGACAUCAGAGUCUGUGCUGGGAUCUAUUUUUGUUUCGUCUUCAUGUAUAAAAACUGUA